GUGCCCGGAGGAAACCCACGCAGGCACGGGGAGAACAUGGAGGGUCCGGGAUCGAACCCGGGACCUCAGAACUGUGAGGCCAACGCUUUACCAGCUGAUCCACUGUGCCGCCCUGAUUAAUAAUAUUGAUAAUAAAACUCCCAAACUUUCUCAAGCCUUCACCAGCUAGAGUACAACUAUAAUGUCAAAUUAUCAGUCAUUCAUGCAUUUUUCAUACUGUUUACAAGGGUUGCGAUCGUGCUGCACCCUAUCUCAGGUGUCCUUGGGGGAGAUGUGGGGUACACCCUGAAGUGGUCACCAGCCAAUCAAUCGCAGGGCACAUAGAAACAAACAAUCAUUCCCGUUCGCACCUCCGGGCAAUUCUUCAAUGAACCUACCAUCCACGUUUUGGGGAUGUGGGAGGAACGGGAGUACCGGGAGGAAACCCACACAGGCAAGCCAGGGCUUGGAUUUGAAGCAGAGUCCUCAAAACUAUGAGGCAGGUGUGCUAAGCGCACCCCAGAUGGACUUCACUGACUGUCUUGUCUUGGUUGCCCAUUUUGAAACGUGCGUGAUCGUAUCAAUUGAUUGUCUUUUGUUGCCACAAAGCCGGAACGCUCAGUGCAUUUUUGAAGCAGUCACGCCCACAGUUUCCACACCCUCUCCUCGCCUCAUGCGUCUCUUUCCUGCCUGAGGCUGGAAGGAGGGCAGCCUCCCACGUCCGUCCAGCUGGAAGCCAGCCAGAAGGGGAUCGGCUUCCCGCUUGUGUCAGGAGGAACCGGCGCGCCAGGAUACCCAAAUAUGGACUCGGCGAUAUCAGUUGGGACGCGUGACUCAGCAGACUCUGACAUGUGCGUGCGGUAUUGAUCGGACACACGCAGCCAAAGUCUGAGAGUGGACUUGCCUGCGGUGUUGUCUACUGGAGCGCAGUGGACCCGCGAGGCUCGUGGAGGAAUCAGAAUCACCGCGAGUGAAGGCGCUCUUGUUGUCGUUCCUAUUUACCUUUUGGACUUUUCCUCCAGGCGAAAGGGCCUCGCCGUGUUUACAGUGGUGGCGGUUCCCGGCAACGCGUGUCAUGACGUAUCUCCGACAUCCUGGGGGCGGGGCUGCGAGGAGACGGCGACCAACCCGGGUCUCGGAACGCGCUACGCUCGGGGCUGCUUUGCGUUCGAAUAAAUAGUGAGAAAGUACUCGGCGGCUUCCUCACAAUAAGACAGGAAGCGAGAGACAGGUUUGCCAAAUUAAAGGCUGGCCAACACACGAGUGGAAUGAAAGCAUCUGAAUUAGUCACUGGACUGCGCUUUGAUUCCAACUAAAGGCGCAGCCUUGCCAGACUACAAGUUACUAAAGCAGAACAUGAACUUGAACUUGUCCGAGCCCUAUCGGAGCUCCAACUUCAAGUCUCACCACCUGCGCGCCGACUCCGAGUUGUAUUCGUCGGUCACGGCGGACUCGGGCUCCCUCAAGCUCGCCUCUCCGGAUUUGGAGCGACUCAUCAUCCACAACAGCAACGGGCUCAUCACUACCACGCCGACCCCGAGCCACUACCUGUACAACCGCGGGAUCACCGAGGAGCAGGAGGGCUUCGCUGAGGGUUUCGUCAAGGCGCUGGACGACUUGCACAAGAUGAACCAGAUGGCGCCGCCCAACGUGUCCAUCGGAACCGGGGGUGUCGCCUGCUCGGCGCCCGGUUCGGUGUUCGGCGCAUCCAUGCAGCCAGAACCUCUCGAGUACACCAACCUGGGCAGUUGCACCAGCAACCCCGGCCUGUCGUCGGCCGUCAGCUACCCGUCCGCCACCAUCAGCUACCUGCCGCACCACCCCUACCACCACCACCAGCACCACCACCACCAGCAGCAGCAGCAGCAGCCGCCUCAGGGCGCGGCGCACGGCUCCCAUCACUUCCAACACUCGUUGGCCGGCGCCGGGCUGCACGCGCCGCGCUUCGGCGGCCUCAAAGAGGAGCCCCAAACCGUCCCGGACAUGCAGAGCAGCGACAACAGCUCGCCGCCCAUGUCCCCCAUCGACCUGGAGAACCAGGAGCGAAUCAAGGCGGAGCGCAAGCGGCUCAGGAACCGGCUGGCUGCGUCCAAAUGUCGGCGGCGCAAACUGGAGCGCAUCGCCCGCUUGGAGGACAGAGUGAAAGUUCUGAAAACAGACAACGCGGGACUAUCCAACACGGCCUCCCUUCUCCGGGAGCAGGUGGCCCAACUCAAACAGAAAGUCAUGACACACGUGAGCAGCGGCUGUCAGCUCAUGCUGUCGCCCAAAGUUAAGUCCUACUGAGGAAGCCAAACUGCUUGACAAAGACUUGAAACACGUACACUGGACUGGAAGCGCACUGACAGCGCACAACUGGAGUGUUGUGGCACCCAAAUCAGUGACAACCGACGGAAGCUGUCCUGUUUACAUUUGACUUUGUACAUUGUGAUGAAUUCUGAUGUAACUUAUUUCUUUAGUCAGGUUGACCCUGACCUUUGUUUGUUUGUUUUUUUCUACAGUACCUGUACAGUAUAUUUAAGUAAAAGAGAUGUUGCAUUUGAGAAAUGGCUUGUUCAUUUUG